UUCAAGCGUGGUGUUCCCGUUGCGUGAUCUCCCGCAGCUGAACUCAGGAAACCGGCUCCCAUUCGGUGACCCUCAGCUCAGAGCGCAGCAGCCAACUGCGCUGUGCUGCGUUUGUAGUCACGCAGAGGGAGAAUAAAAAAGCCACAGCAGGAAUACAAAUUCUUUCAUGCUUUAUAUUUGAAAGUCCAGAGUUGCAUCGGAGUCUCCAGGCAUGAUGAAUUUUAUUCUCAUCUCCGUGCUGUGUGGAUUUUACGGUGUUCUAGCAAAAGAUAAAGAUCAUAAGGGGAAGUUCAACGUUCCUCUCCUGGAUGUCCAAACUCGGCAGCUGGUCCUGGAUGCUAACCAGAUGCUAAUGCUCAACUGCAGGGGUCGCUGGCAGCUGACAUGGACGUUCCCAGCAGGCUUGGCCAGAGAUCAGGUGGAAGUGAGUGAAUCUCGCUGUGGCAGGACGAGCCACCAUUACUGCAGCCAGAUGAAAGUCAGCCGCAUCCAGGCCCAGCACACUGGCCUGUUCCGCUGCCGGUACCAGCACAGACCCCAAAAACAUACAUCCGUCUAUGUUUAUGUCACAGACAGCCAGUGGCCUUUCGUGGAAGAUGCAGACAUGAGCGCAGACGUGUUGUACAUGAAGGAAAAGGAACCACUGGUCAUCCCCUGCCGGGUCACCAACCCCAAUGUCACCACAGAACUAGUCAAGUCCUACAGCCGCAGCCUGAGUCCAGACCAGAGGAACAUUAUCUGGAACAGCAGGCGAGGCUUCACUAUCAGAACUCCCACCUUCUUCUACGUCGGCCUCUUCUUCUGCCAGACCACUGGUGACAAAGUCAAACACAAGUCGCGUAAAUACUUUGUACACAGACUAGUGAAUAAAAUCAAAGAUGUGUAUCUGAACAGCAGUGAGCCUGUGCAGGCCUUAAAGGGAGAGCGACUGGUCUUGAACUGCACUGCAACAGCAGAGUUGAACACUAGAGUCAACUUUACAUGGGACUACCCCGGAAAGAGUGUCAGUGCUGGCUCAACUUCCAAAAUGCUCGUGAGACAUCCAACACACACGUUGUUCUACAGUAUUCUGAGCAUCCCGAAGCUCCAGCGUUCGGACCAAGGCCGCUACAUGUGCCGCGUCACCAGUGGUGAUCAAAGCCAGCAAGCCCAAGUCAAUGUAACUGUCUAUGACCGUCCAUUCAUCCGCCUGAAACCUAGAAAUGGAUUUGUGAUGACGGUGCAAGCAGGAGAGAAAUCUUACAGAAUAUCUCCCAAAUUGCGAGCAUUCCCAGCCCCUGAAGUCAUUUGGCUGAAGGAUGGCAUGGUUGCAGCAGACCAAUGCUCCAGAUACCACAGGGAUGGGAAUUCCCUGGUUAUCCGUGAUGUUGCAGAAGAGGAUGCUGGGAAGUACACUGUCCUUGUCCGAAUCCAGGAACACAGACUCUACCAGAAUCUCACGCUCACACUUGUGGUUUACGUGAGUCCUAAAAUAGGGGAGAAAGCAAUGUUGUUGCAGGACCUGGGUUCAGUGCCACGAGGGAGCAGACAAGCCCUGCGCUGCACAUCCCACGGAGUCCCUGCUCCGCACAUCCACUGGCGCUGGCAUCCCUGCCCAUCCAAAGGCCUCCCGGCUGCACCACCACAAGCCUGACGCCGUGCUGGAGGAGACCCAGGGACAGUGGACCAGGCUGGGCCAGGCUGAUGGGGGGCCUCUCGCCUGGGUCCUGGGUCCACUGCUGGGUCUGGCCCUGGGAACUGCAGCGCUCUUAUCUGGCCUGACCAGGAGGUGCAUUGGGCUUCCUGUGCAAAAAUCAGAGCGCUUUUCCUCUCGUUGUUUGGCUUCCUCUUCGACGCGAGACGCUUCCCAGCGGCGUGAUUGUCCCUUCGUCUUCAAACGUGGCACAGCCCGCUUCCUCAAGAGCUUGAUCUAUUCUUGAGAGCACCCCCACACCCCUUCCCCAACUCUUCUGCCCCCCACACAUACCUCUAAAACCCCUUCCAUCACCAGCUCUGACCUACACCACAACCCAGCAUCCUUCACCUCUGCAAAAUAUAAACUCCCCAUCACCUCCCACCCUGGAACCCCCUCCCCAUCACUGCCACCUUCACACACUCAUCUGUGCCUCUCAACAGCAUCCAAAACCCUCAGUGACAUUACCAGUGACUCGGAACACUGCUGAGCAGUGAAGAUCAGGAGAUACAGAAAACCAGGAGUUGCAUACGCCACAACACUAAGGAUAUAAGGACACCUGCUUCACUGAUUAUUUAUUUCCUUCCUUUUUCCAAUUUAAGUUUCCCCACUAGACCAGGCUGUCCUCUAGUUUUAUGCAUUUUAUAUUUCACAGACAUUUGAGCCAGAAAAAGUGCAAUUUCCACCAAUCCACCAGCCACAUUUCUGGAGCUGCUUUGCUUGUUUUUUGUGUCCUAGAGUGGUACUAAAAUGGGUGCAUGAACCGUGCCUGUCUGUCCCAAGCCUCAAUCUGAUUUUUGACAUCCAAAAAAAAAAAAAAAAAGCUGUGAUUUUCUGUUGCAAUUUUUAAACACCAGUAGAACAUCAGUGUGCUUACCUUGGACGGGCGAAACAGGAGAGAGGACAUGCUUUGUGCUAUUCACUAUGGGAUUCCUUCAGUUCUCUAUUAAAAAAACUGAUGGUCUGCAGAGGCCUACCAUGUAGGACUUCUGAGAAGGCCAGAGACGAUCCUGUGUCGCUCUCUAUCAUCCCAUGUCAAAAUGUCUUCUUUAUGUGUCACAUGAUGUCAGUAUAACAGCCCUGUUGUCUUUGUAUUGGAAGUUAAUUAAAAUCUAAGUGUAUGUGUGAUACUACAAGCCAUUUUAUGAGGAGUAGCAUAAGUGUUUGAAUAAACUCCAUUUGUGUAUGUGAGCGUAAAGAGGGUGACAGUGUGUGUGCUUGCGCACAAUUGUGUGUGUGUGUGUGUGUGCGUGCGUGCAUGCGUGUGUGUGUGUGUGUGUGUGUGUGUCUCCUAUUCUACGGGUGUCUGCUAAUGUGAUUAAUUGCUUGUAUACAGAUGUUCUAUGAGUAAUAUAUGAAUCUAAUAUUUAAUAAUUUUAUACAACUAACUUACAUAUGACAAUAUUUGACAACUGUAUGAAUCUGUUAAGAUGUACUGAAGUGUUAUAUUAGUCGUUUGUGUUUUUGCAUUAAACUUUCCUUGUA